AUGGGACCCGUCAUCCUGAAUCCAGCCACGGCGUUGUACAACGCUAGCCCGGUCGACGGAGCGUCUGGCGGCGUCUACCGUUGCACCGACUCUGCAUCGACUAUCUGGGGGACGGAGCGGUCUGAUUGGCCACCAGUGAAACUAGCUGCAGCGCGGGGCGCUCGCCAAGGCGUCGCGACAUAG